AUGGCCGACAGUCACGUCCAACAACAUGAUUUCUACUUAACAGUCACAUCCACACCAUCAGUCACGACGGCCACCACCACCCUGUCGGAAGCUCUGACGGCUGCGGUGGCUUCUGCCUCCCCUCUCGAAGGUAAUGACACUUCUGCCGCCACUGCAGCGAGCGAUAUACCAACGAGCGACCGCACUGACGUCGGAGAAGCAGCACUCCAAAAAAAAGUAUUAACUAUAUACGCCGAUGGAUCAUUCUUCCACACCGAGCAGAUCGGUGGCGCCGGCAUUGCAUACCAGACCGACGACGGCGUGUGGGCCGGAAAGGCUUUCGCUCUGGGCUGGAUCAGCGGCUCAGACGAGGCAGAGGCCUGGGCGAUGCUGGAGGCAUUAAAGCUUGCCCGUAAGCUGAUGCCGAUACAGUACCAGCGACUCACAAUUUACACGGACUCGAUGUGGGUAUUGAUGGCUAUGGAAAACGCCUGGACCGGCUCAAGGGCCAUGAACGAUAUCUUCGAGGAGCUGAGGGGAUUCGGCGGAAGUGGCGUUGAGGCGAGGUUUCUGUGGGUGAAAGCGCACAACGGCUGCAUUGGCAACGAGGUUGCAGACAAGCUGGCAGGUCUCGCAUCAAGACUGGUAGCAAACGACAUGGUACGUAACCCCUGCUUUGCUUGCAAAGGUCCCAUUGUCGGGUCGGAACGUCUUGUGAAUGGAAUUGGUGAGAGGGCCCGCGGCAUGGCAGCGGUGGAGGCAGGCGGCAUGGCAGAGGUGGACGCUGGCGGCAUGGAAGGGGUUGAGGCUGGCAGCGUGGAAGGGGUGGACGCUGGCGGCAUGGAAGACGUGGAGCAUGGCGAAAUGGAAGAGCUAGAAGAUGGCGAAAUUGGAGAGCUGGAGGAUGGCGAAAUUGAAGAGGUGGAGGCUGGCAGUACGGCGGAGGUGAAUGCUGGCAUCAUGGCAGAGGUGGACUAUGGCAGUUUGGCAUCGAUCAGGGCUGGAGUCAUGGCAGCCCGAGAGGCAUUAGCAAGGGAGAAAGAGAGACGAACAAUGAGAGAGCAAGCGGCGGGGGAGGAACUCAGGGCAAGGGUACAGGAGACGGCGAAGAACGAUGAGCGUGAGGCCAGGCUCCGGAACAUCGACGAGCAGAUUGCUAAGGCAAGAGGGCCUGUCCGGCGAACCAAGAAGUUGUGGAGGUAA